CACCUGCUGCCCUUGGUGAAAACACCUCUCUCCUGCAUGCAUGAUUGUCUCACGGUUACUUGUUCCUGCCUAAGCCAGGUUUUGGGUGGAGGCGGACAAGACGCGGAAGGAGCAAGUAAAAAUGGCGAGCCAAGAAGAGUCUGUGAGGGAGUUCGUCGCCGUUACUGAUGUGGAUGAGGACAGAGCCAGGUUCUUCCUGGAGUCUGCGGGCUGGAAUUUGCAGCUCGCGCUCGCCAGUUUUUUUGAAGAUGGAGCUGAUGAUGACGACAUAGUGACACUCCCUCAACCUGAGGGAGGUUCCUCAGUGUCUCGGUCUACAGGACCCAGCUCGCAGCCCAGGGUGACUUCCUUCAGGGACCUGAUGCAUGAGGCUGAAGAGGAGAGUGAUGAGGAGGAGGGUCAAAGGUUUUUUGCUGGAGGGUCAGAGCGCAGUGGGCAGCAGAUUGUUGGACCUCCCAAGAAGAAAAGCUCUAAUGAGGUAGUGGAGGAUCUGUUCAAAGGAGCCAGAGAACAUGGAGCUGUGCCUCUGGACCGGACUGGAAAGGGGCUUGGAGAACCCAGUAAAGCCAGGGCCUUUGUUGGUGGAGGCUACAGACUAGGAGCAGCUCCAGAGGAGGAGUCGACCUAUGUGGCUGGAGAGAGACGAGCCUCCAGCAGUCAGCAGGAUGUACAUGUGGUGCUUAAAUUGUGGAAGACCGGUUUCAGUCUUGAUAAUGGUGAGCUCCGAAACUACAGUGAUCCUGGAAAUGCCAAUUUCCUGGAGGCAAUCAGACGAGGUGAGAUUCCACUUGAGUUGAGGCAGCGUUCCAGAGGUGGGCAGGUCAACCUGGACAUGGAAGACCACAGGGAUGAGGACUUUAUCAAACCCAGAAUUGCCUUCAAGGCCUUUGUUGGAGAAGGACAGAAGCUAGGAAGUGCCACCCCAGAGUUGGUGACAGCUCCACCCUCUUUUCAGCAAGAUCAGGCAGUCAACGAAGCUCAAGCCAUCGCAUCAGUGUCCCUCGACUACGCACAGCCGGUCACAAACAUCCAGAUUCGAUUGGCUGACGGUGGCAGGCUGGUGCAAAAGUUUAACCAUACACACAGGGUGUCUGACCUGCGGCAGUUUUUGGUUGCAGCCAGACCAGCCAUGGCUGCCAGGGAGUUCAUCCUCAUGACCACCUUCUUCCCCAGCAAGGAGCUGCUGGAUGAGAGCCAGACGUUGGAGCAGGCCAACCUCCUCAACGCUGUCGUCACCCAGCGGCUAAAGUAAAGCUGUCAAGACGUAUACGAUUGCCCUCUGCUGGUGUGACUUAUUACCGCAGCCAUGUUAAACCUGCUGCCCCUUCUGAGGGAGGAGAAAAAACACAGACUUGUGUAUGGACUUCUAAUUUCUGAUUUUUUGUUUUGUUUUGUUUUAUUUUUUUCAAGUCAAAUGUAACAUCCUGCUUCCCCACCACCAUCACUCCUGCCUCACACCUAACUCACAGGCAGUAAGCAUGGGGGCCAAAACUUCCACACAAAAAAAAAGAGGAGAGAUUUCUGGAUUUUUGAAAGUUGCAAAUGCUGUUGCUGAUUGUGGUUUUGAUGGAGACAUGAAUACUUGAGAACAAAAGCCCAGCCUUUAUUAACCCUUUCCCUGUUUGCUUUUCUCAUAAAGUAGUUUAACUCCUUUAGUGUUGUCAUUAUCAGGUGCUGAGUUAUUUGCCAGCUGGGUGUCUGACAUCAAGUCAGACAUCAGGAGAGUGAUGGUAUGAUAGUAGUUCUUCCCACAGGGAUCGUUCAGUGGAAAAUAGAAACAUUUUCCAAAGAAAUCUAAAUAAUUGCCUUGGUAGUUGUGUGAAGCUGCCCGGUCCCUUUCAUUCCUCUAUUUUAUUUUCCCUUUAUAGAAUCUAAUGUUUUCCCAGUUGUGCAUUUUGAUAUUGGGUACCCUCACAGUUCCACGCACCUUUACCAUCAAGACAAAAAAAAAAAAAAAACUAGAUUGUAAACCUGUUUGUAUUAGUGGAACCUAAAUUCCUAUGAAACACUGACAUGUUCUAUGCAUCAUAGGGACACACAAAAAUGUUUGGACCUCCUGAAAAGAAAAAUAAAUUCAUUUUAUGGUUGAUGUAAAA